AUGCACGACGUUACCAAGCCUUCCCUGGACCUCUCUGGGGCUAGCGAGUUGGACAACGAUGAUCGUGUCAGGGUCCUAGCUAUCAUCGACCAGUUCCGGGAGUUGGGUGUCAAUGAGGAUAUCUCUCUUCCACAGCUCGUCGUCGUUGGAGACCAGUCUAGCGGAAAGUCAUCUCUCCUAGAAGGCCUGACCGGACUCUCGUUCCCUGUCGCAUCGGAACUAUGCACCAGAUUCGCAACGCAGAUUGUGCUCCGUCGUGCUCCUGCGUCGGAAGCAGCGGUUUCUGUGUCGAUUAUCCCCGGGUCUGUUGCUAAUGCCGACGAAGCGACCAAAAAGAAGCUGCUGGAGUUUGAGAGGACGAUGGAAGCAAAGGAUUUCGGAGCUGCGCAGUUUAGUGCUAUUUUGGAUGAGGCUGCGGUGUGCAUGGGUCUUCCGUCGACGCAGACAGCAGGAUUCGUUGAGCUUGACAAGCGUUUCUCGGAUGAUGUUCUGAAGAUCGAGUUGUCGGAUCCGGAGCACAGUCAUUUGAGUGUUGUGGAUGUUCCUGGUCUCUUCCAUAAUCCCACAAAGUUCCAAACGAUUGAGGAUAAGGAGGUCAUCCGCGGCUUGGUUCAAAGAUACAUCACUGACAAGCGUACCAUCAUCAUGGCUGUCAUGGAUGCGCGAAACAACUUGGCCAACCAGGAAGUCUUCCAUAUGGCUCGCGCUGCCGACCCGGAUGGUCUUCGUACCGUUGGUAUCAUCACCAAGUGUGAUGCGCUUCAGGCAGGUGAUGAGCACGGUGUUCUCGAGAUCUUCCGCAACGAAAUGGUCCGACUCAACCAUGGCUGGUUCGCUGUGAGAAACCGAUCCACGAAGGAGAUCAAAGAAGGCGUCACCAUGGCUCAGCGCCAUAUCAACGAAAAGCAGUUCUUCAACGCCGCGCCGUGGGCCAACUUGCGCAAAGAUCGUGUCGGUAUCAGUCCGCUCAAGAGCUUCUUGGGCCAGGUCUUGUUUGACCAUAUCCGCAACGAGUUCCCCGGUUUGGUGAACGAAGUCAGGAAUCUCGCGAAAGAAACUAAGGAAUCUCUGGAGAGCCUUGGCCCUUCUCGCCAGACCAGUGCGGACCAACGUCGAUACUUGAUAAGAAGUGCUGUGAACUACCAACGCGACGUGUCCAAUGUCCUCGGUGGCAUUUACUCCCCCAAGCUCGAGAGUGGAAGUCCGCGGAAGCUGAGGACUCGGCUUCGGUUCUUGGUGGACGAAUUUUCUGCCCGGAUGGCCAAGGAAGGACACCAAUGGGCGUUCAAGCUUGUGAACGGGCGGAUCGAUCCAGAUGAAGACGAGAGUGCUGAUGCGAAUGGCAUUGAAGAAUGGAUUCGCUCAUCGUACCAUGAAUCUCGAGGGGUGGAGCUUCCUGGAACCGUCAAUCCGCGUUUGCUAGAGAACCUGUUCCGUGAGCAAUGUGCCAACUGGGAGAACAUAGCAAUGGACUAUCUGUCCCAGCUCGUCAAAACGGUGGGCACUUACGACGGAAACGCGCUCAAAGAUUUCGUAACAGACAGCCCGGUUCGUCAGAAGCUGCAGGCGCGACUCAGGGCCGAGCGACAAAACGCGGAAGAAGAGAUGUUCGCUGAGCUCUGCAACAUCCUCGCUGACGAGCUAAGCGGAACUUUACAGACGGCUAAUCCUUCUUAUUCCGAUAUGCUAUCCACAAUUCGAAACAAACGCGUCCAAGCUCGUGUCACCUCAAUGGGCAUCAAUAACGAUGACAGCAAGGACUUUAAACAGUUCAUGACCAACGAGCACUGGUACAAUGAGCAGCAAGCGGUUGAUGACAUUCAUGAUAUUCUCGCGGCGUACUAUAAAGUAGCUCGCCAGCGGUUCGUGGACAAUGUCAUUAUCCAGGCCGGAGAAAGAUACGUCGUUGGCGAAACGGGCCCCUUGAAGAUCUUCUCUGCUGAGUAUAUUGGUGGUCUUUCGAAUGAGGAGCUUUCGGAUAUUGCAGGUGAGAACUAUGCCACUUCUGUUGCUCGAACUGAGAUUACCUCGCGAGGCGAGAGGCUGCAGAAGGCGCUGGAGAUUGCCAGACGCGCGGGCAUUUAG